UUCAGAUUUGGCAAACCAAUUUGUCGCUCAUGGCUUCAAGGGUGGAUAUUAUAGUUAUCUUCCUAUGCUUUAUCCAUGUCUGCAACAAUUUGGUUGAAGCAAACUGGGAAUUAUCUACAAAGGAAGUGUUGGAAUUCAAGAAGCAACUUAUAAAUCUUAAAAAGUUUGCAAUUAAAAGCGUUCAAAUUGGAGAUGGAGAUAUAUACGACUGUAUUGAUUUCUACAAACAACCUGGCUUCAAUCACCCUUUCUGGAAGAAUACUACAUUUGAGAUGAAACAAAAAUUAUUUGUAGAAGGAAUGCAAACCAAAGAUAUUGGGUUUAAAGGUAUAGGUUGUCCUUACGGAACGGUUCCGAUCAGAAGAGUCAAUAAAGAUGACUUGAUAAGUGCCAAAAUACUUUCAAAGAUACAUCCAUCAAAUAUAGAUGAUGAACCUGGACAUCAUUAUGCAAUACUUCGAACAAAAGCUUAUCCCGAAAGAAAGCUUGACGGAAUUGAAUCAGAUUUUUCCUUAUUUAACCCAAGUGGAAUCAUUGGAUCCCAGUAUAGGGCAUUCCAGAUGACAAUUUCAAGCGGUCUUGACAGCAUAAAAACCGGUUUCAUGGUAAAUCCUUUAUUGUUCAAAGACAACAAGACUCGACUAUUUACUCAUGUCAUGAUUGAUGGAAGAACACAAUGUUUUAAUCAUGAUUGUCCCGGAUAUGUACACGUCAAUUCUGAGAUACCUCUAGGUUGGACCUUCGUUAAUCCAGAUGGAAGAAACUAUUCCGAAAAAUUGCGAAUCAGUAAGGAAAUUCAUGGCGAACCAAAUUCAACAAACUUUCUUUGGACACUGUACAUCACUAAACAGAAUUCUAUAAUUGGAUUUUGGCCCCCAACACUAUUUGGAAAAUUAAGCGAGUAUGCCAAUCAAGCUGACUGGGGAGGAGAAGUUUACAGUCCAUUGGACCAGCCUAGUCCCCCAAUGGGCACUGGUAUUCUUCCAAAUACGAGGUCUUGGAACACAUAUUAUUCAGCUCUUAGCUGGCGUAUUGCAUGUGCAUAUGAGAAUGCAAAAUUUCAUUUUGUCAACCCAAUCGAUACAGAGUUGUAUGCAUCUGAUCCACAUACAUACAAUAUCGUAGAUGCUGGAUAUUUUGAAGAAGAUUGGGGACGUCUGAUUCUAUAUGAUGGUCCUGGUGGAAUCAAAGGAGCUUGA